AUGAAGCUUUUUCAGCGCGAAAAAAGCUAUUUUAGGUGGAACCCAGAGGCAAAACCGAAAAUUGGGAGAGACGAAACUCAACUUGCAGCUUUGAAAUUCAACUUGGAUGGCUCGUGGGUGGAAGGGACAAAAGACGGAGCUGUUGCUGGAAUGUGCAGGGAUUCGAAUGGUGUUGUAGUGGACGGUUUUGUCAAAUCGGUUCGAGCUUCAUCGGUAAUUGAAGUUGAAACCCUGGCUUUGCAACAGACGCUUCAAAGGCAAGCGGGUCAACCUCUUGGGGCGGAGGUGGCGGACCCUGGCCGGAAGGCGUGGGUGGACAGCUGGUGGCAGUUCGUGCGCGGGUUAGACAAGGGGUGCGAUGACCCGCUGAUCAACCCGUUCGCCGACGGAGCUGCCGGCGUGGAAGGGCUGGCGUGCAAGAACGUACUGGUGAUUGUGAGCGAGAAGGACAUCUUGCGGGACAGAGGGAGGAUGUACUACAAGAAGCUGGUGGAGAGCGGCAGAGUUCAUGGAGAUCGAGGGCGUGGAUCACGUGUUCCAUAUCUUCCACCCGAGCUGCGAGGAGGCCAAGAGGCUGUUCAAACGCGUGGCCUCGUUCGUGAACAGCGAUGGUGA